GGCCGCUGCACUACCGCCGGCUAGCGGAAGGGGAACGUUUGUGACACGAACUUGCUGGACGAUGCACAUGGAAUUGUUCUGCAGGGGUUUAAUAAAUGCUGUUCGUUAUGGAUAGUAUUCAUCGAUCCGGAUCGUAAUAUCAUUUAUAAUUUAAAUUUCCAUUCGGUACGUAUAACCUCGAUUCACUAAACCUGGACAAACGACUCCGCAGUGACUAAAAUUAAUGCCCGGCUUUAGGCUAAUGUGUUAGCAUGCCUGCCGCCCGGUGCUGGAUUUGAUAGUUAGUGACUACAUGCUUGUUAAAGGACCUUAAUUAAAUAGUAAGUUUGGUAAGGAUCAAAAUAAGCCAUUAUAGCGUUAAUAUUAGGUAAUGGGACAUAGGUGCGAUGGAUCCUCUGACAUAAUUCAGCUCCUCAAUGGAGUUAGUGUUGAAUCUAACUUAUCUCAUGUAUUUGUCUUUGGAGAAGACUUCAGUCAAUGUUUAUCAGCUCUUCGUGGUACUCUUUUUAAGUGCCCGUGUCUUGAUUAUAUGACACUAUCCCUGAAUCGAAACAUGUUAUGUAUAACCAACCUUUUCUGACUUCAAUGCACAGACUCCUGCAUUUGGUCUGGUGGUCCAACGAGUAUACUAGCAAACAAUUUUAUGUCAAGGGGCUUGCGCUGCGAGAGAACGUGUGUUCAUUUCCUGUACUAAUACUGAUUCCAGAAGAAAAAGUGUAUUUCAAAAUAAUCCAUAUGAUACUUAUAGUCAUGCCCCUUCAAGAUUAAAUGCGUUUGAACUCAAGAUGUAAGCAAAUGGGAAAAGGAUAAACUAUAUGAAGAAAGUCAUUUAUUACACUCCUUUGGACGUGAACCAGGUUACAGUGACAUGGUAAUAUUUUUGAAUGGCACCGGAUAGCUGUGGACCAGAAGAGCAGCAGUUGGUUUGCCAAUGACUGGUGAAGACACUGGUUUGGGGGCUUUUGCCUCACCACUGGCGGGGUAUUUGGGAAAAGUUCAAGAAAGAGCUGCUUCACUGGAGCAUUGCCCCUGGUGUAUUUCAAAGGGUCUAACCCAUGCUUUGCGCUCUUAUUGCAUCAACCUCCAGGAGUCAAUCACCCUAUGCACAAACCCAGAGUGCCUUUUCCCUCUGGUCAGCCGGUCCUUGGAGGAUGUUUUGGCUAGCUUGGAUCCCGUGGAAUCCGCCGUUAGGAACAAAAGAAAAAAACCCCUAGCACUGGAAAAGGAAGAGUUGAGUAAACGCUCCCCCAAACGGCUACGAUUAACUGAGCCUGACAGUCUUGGGGCUGAGCAUUGUGCUGAAAAUACUGGCAGUGAUGACCAACAUGCAACAUCCAAGACAGAUGCUAAAACGUUAAAUGGACACCAAAGGGGUUUUGAUUGUCCAGAGGCAACAGGAUUGGACUUGUCACAAGAUGAGGCUGCUCCAGAACCAGAGGGUGCUUGUACAGGAAGUGUUGCUCCUCCUCCAUGGUCUGCCUCAGAUAGACGCCUGCGAAGCUCAUCAGAAGCCUCGUUGAUCGCUGAUGUGAAUGAGCCUGCACUCUCUCCUCACUGUGGUGCUCUUUGUGUAUCAGAUGCAGAAGAGGACUUCACGCAGGAGAAGAGCCUUCCCGAGGAGCUGAAGAGACAGUGCAGUCCAGCGUCCAGUCAGUCUAUACUGCCUCAGUUCAAUGAAUGGACAGCAAGGAUAGAUCAGAAAUCACUGAAUGCAGACAUCACCUCAUGUAAGGACAUCAGAUCAGGAACUGAGGAGUUAGAGGAGCUCAUAUCUGUUCCAACUGAGCUUUUCUGGAGGAACACUGACAACCUGUGUUGGCUGGACUCUCUACUUGUUGCUUUGGUAAACUGCAAGAGCUUGAGAAAGUGUAAACCUAAGGAUGAGCCUCAGCAGUCAUCUGUCUGGCAGCUGAUGAGAGGAUACGAAGAAGUUUGUGCUGCCAUCCAAGUGCAUCGACAGACUGGCAGAGAUGGCAUCGCGAGGGUGCCAAAACAUGUGCUGCAAAGGGCCAAUGCAGACCUACAGAAUCUCAGGAUGUCAGUCUUCAGACUACUGCAGCCCAAGUUGCAUUGCAAACUAGGUCAGAGGGAAACGCCGGUAUUCGCUAUGCCGCUUCUGGUUGCAAUGGACUCAUGGGUGGAGCCUCUCUUCCAGUCAACCUUUCAGUGGGAGUUCAGGUGCAGCCAAUGCAAAACUGUUACGAAAGAAAGAGUUGUGAAAACACUUCCCACUUUCACAAAUAUUGUACCUGGUUGGCACCCACUUCAUGCAGUUCAUUUAGCCCCAUGUAAUGCAUGUGGCAGGAAGAACCAGAGGAGGACUAUGUUGCUGGAGGGCGUGCCUCCAGUGUUUGUGCUGCAUUUUGUCGAGGGGCUUCCUGACAGCAAUGUCCGAAUCUACGCCUUCAGCUUCAAAGGGAAGCGCUACUCAGUCUCCACUGUCAUACAGUACAACUGUCAACUGAAGCACUUUGUCACCUGGAUACGCAAUUCUGAUGGAUUGUGGCUGGAAUAUGACGACUUGAAACAUCCAGACUGUAAGACCCAUCAGAAGCUCCCGGUUCCUCCUCAGGAGUUGCAUGUUGUCUUCUGGGAAAUGGAGGAAGCUGAACAGCCUCGUGUCUGCUCUCUCUCCAGCACAUUUUCUGACUCCCCUCCAUCUAAAAAUGAGACUAACUCCAGUCUUGGUGACAAAGAUUUAACGACAGACACUCCAGAUCAGUCUCUUCUCACACUUCACAAUGACACUGACAUUGUCUGUGCAUACUCAGUAACCGAAGACAACAGCAACAUCACAGACACGACAGUUACAGCCGACAUUGAUACAUCAAUAGGUUCCACGACGUUGCUUGACGCCUUUGAGGGUCUUAGCCACAGUGACAUCGUUACACUCACACUGGUGGAAUUAAAGGCUGAUUCAGAAAUGCAGCCUUCACAUGACGGUGAAGAGACUAAGAAUUUGAGCACUCCCAGUAAGAAUGAAGUGCCUGACUUGACACCGGAUAGCUCCUCCACUCUAAUAGGUAGUAUAAUGUGUCAGGGCUCUGAUGUUGAGCAUCCCACCAGCUCCAACUCAUCCGAAUCUGAACCUGGGGAUGACUCAUCUAGUGAUCCAACAUACGUGCCUGGUGCCAGGAUAAGACAAGGGAGAGGAACAGAAAAAGGCAAAACCAUAAGUAGACAAAAAGGUAAAAUGGCAAUCUUGUCAAAAGCAGCUCCAUAUAUUACACCGCCUGCAUCUUCAGAGCCCUCCAAGGUAAUCAAAGAUGAACCUGUGCGUGCUGCUGCUCAGGGCAACAUAUCACCUGUGGAAGCUACACAGAAAACAUCCUUUGUCUCUUCAACUGAGACCCCACCCCUGUCCACCAGUCAGAAAAAUCCCACAAAGCCCCCAGCACUAGAUCAGAAUGCCCACUGGUCCUUCUUGGUCAGCAAACACCCAAUAAAGAAAGUUCACACGCCUGUUGCUAACCUCACCCACAUGCCCACCUCGGUUACAGUCACCCCUCCCACUCACUCUUUGCCAAACCCUGUGAGAAGACAGCAUGUUCCUGAGGGAGUCUUUCUUAAACCACAGCUCAGGACAGAGGAGAGUGUGGGUCUCCCACUGAAGGCUGCAGAAAUGUACACUGCUUUUGGUGCAGAGAGCUCAAGCACACCAAGUCCCCUCCCAGCCCCAUCCCUCACAUCUCUCAGCGGCAAAUCAAAGCAGUUUCAACCCAUCACUUCUCACCACCAGAAAUCAUUAAUGAGCACGACAGUGGUGUCUAGUACAUCACUCCCUGUGCCUGGAGCAAAGGGGCUCCCUGAAAUCUCCUCCCCAAUGAAACAUAGCAGCCAUUCCUCAAAGGUUCCUCCAGGUCUCAGUGAAACUGCAGCCCUCAGGUAUAAAUUGAUGAAGAAACUCAAGGCAAAGAAGAAGCAGCUUGCGAAGCUGAACAAGCUGUUGAAUCAUCAAGGAGGAACCAGCCUCCGACCAGAUAGCACUGACCUGAGUUCUCCGCAAACAGUUAGCUCCAGCACUUACAACGGCUCCACCUGCGAUGACUUCCUCUCAGACCUGCUCUCACCAGCAACCACAGUCAGCAACCUGUCACCAGACAGCACUGGCCUCCUGGAGAUGCUCACCAACGGACAAGAUGGGGGUGACCAGUUUGACUGUGGGGUCAGUGCUGUUGAUGCAGUGUCACAGGCAAACACUUGCAUCAAUGACUUCAACACUGAAAACUUCCUGGAUGAGUUCCUCUCGCAGGCUGCGGGUGAGAGACCGACUGAGAUGGAGACCGAGGCACUCAGUGCGCUUGAACUUUUCAUUUAAGCUGUGGGGUGGGUUUUGUCUGCAGCCUACAAAUACAGAUAACAUUGACAUAUGACAAUUGCCUAUCAGAAAGGAUGUGUUCUCAAAGCUGGUUCCAUUUAGGAUCCAGUUCCAAAUUGGUAAAAUACCCAGGUUUGGUAAGAUCUGAAACCGACAACUCCUUUAUUGAAUCUUUCUUUAAUGUUCUCAGUUAUUUUUUUUUAGGCAUGUGCAGAUAAAAAGAAGGCUGACGUACAUGAUAACUCAUCGACACUGCUGUAAACGUCAAUCAUGGAAACCUGACUUAAACAUUCCAAAGUCAAAGCAGCAACUGUAAAGUGUGAUAUUUGUAGCAAGGUACGACAAAGUGGGAAAUGAGAAGGCCUUUUUUGCAAUAUCUACUAUUCAACCUGUUAAAGUGAUGUUAUUUUUGAUAACAUAGCAAGGGGGAAUUCUUGGCUCUCUGGUGUUGUACUGUAUUUUGCGACCUGUCAGAUUCAAUGCAACAAGUUCGCCCUGAGGUCACAUGCAACGUACUGGAAAACAUCAGCCAAUUAUUUGCUAUUCACUGAAUGAUAAUAAUUUUGUUGUUGUUUUUACUUAAGCAGCUGCAGCACAGCCCUCAGUCAGGAUCAAAUGUCUUUUUUUUUUCCUCGCAGUAAAAUGAAUAAUGAGUAAAGGACAGUGACAAAAUAUGAGGUGAAAGCACCGCACCCCUUUAACGCAGCAGAUUGUCUUUGGAUUAGAUUUUAUAGUUAAUUAUGAGUUUGUAUCAUCAUUAUCAUACUUGUAUGGUCAUUGGUCCAAAAAUCACAAUUAUAGUCUGUUUUACUAUUCGUUUACAAAACUAGAUAUAUACAAAACCACUGAAACUUUUACUGAGAGAAAUUAAAACAGAAUUUUUUUUAUUAAAUAAAUGACAUUAUUUUCCCACAAGUGAGAAAAGGUUUGAUAAGGGUUUCCGAUUUGGAUUUGAUAGAUGGAUUCAGAGUCAAUGAGCUGCCGUCAGUCGGGCAUGUCAGUCUGCCCCACGCGAAGAUGAAGUUUCAAGAUGUGAAAUCUCUUGUUGUAUUUAUGUUGCUAUUAAUUUGGAUAAUUUGUGUGUCAACACUGUUGGACGUGGUAUGUUGAACCACAGAAUUUGUAAACCUCAUCAUAAAAGUUUGGCACUUUGUUGUUUAUACUGUUGUAAGUGGGUUGUGUCGACUCGUUUGCAGCCAAAGCUGUUUGUUAUUUUGACAAAAUUCGUAGGGUUUUUACUGUCAAAAAUACUUUAGAUGACUAAUAUUUUAAAAUUGUGAGAAUUUAUUUUUUUUUUGGACAAAUCAUCAGCCACCUUUCUCCUGGGGAAAUUAUAUCUAGAUCCAUUGGAUCUGUGAAUACCAUUGAACAUUGUCAGUCUGUAUUAAUAAAAGUUGUGUUACUGUGUCGGUAUUUUUGACUGACAGGCAUAUUUGCUGUUAACCUUGAACUGUUAAAAAUUCAACAAAUUGAAACAAAUUUAUAAUGUGUGAACUGCAUUAGUGUUGUGCACAUCUUUUUCCACAUUACAGAAUCCUCUGUUACCUUGUCCCAUUACUGUUAACCUUGUCUUUGGACAAACCACUAUAAGAACAGAAGGAAUUUUCAUUCAUCUCAGCCUCCUUUUUUUAUAGGCUUGUAACCUCAUAGUCCAACCCAGUAAUAAUGAUUUUGGUGACAUGUUGUGUAAUUUUUAGUUUACACUUGCUCAACAGAAUUUAAUGAUUUCAGUAGGUAGUAAAUAAAAAGGCUGUGAAGUGUUAAACCACUUAAGGCUAUACUGUAUGCAGCAUAUGUUCAACACCCACUUUUAAAAUAGGUCCACAAAUAAAAAGGAGAAACUAACAAAA